AUGUACCAGUUUCCCGGUACGUGUGAGUACAACCUGGUCUCCGACUGCCAUGAGACCUACCAGGAGUUCUCAGUGCACAUCAAGAGGGACGACAGCGAUGGAUACCCACUGGUCAGCUACGUGGAGGUCACCAUCAACGACCUUGCCUUUCACAUCAGCAAGAGUGUGGUCACUCUGAAUUACGAGCCUAUCAAGCUGCCAUAUCUUUAUUCUGGUGUACAAGUGGAAAGAAAUGCUGUUUACAUCAAACUCCAGGCUAAAGUUGGCAUCACUGUUAUGUGGAAUAGCGAGGAUUCUGUCAUGGUGGAAAUUGAUAACGACUAUGCAAAUCGCACUUGUGGGCUUUGUGGAGACUUCAACGGAGUUCCAGUCUAUAAUGAGUUCAUUCUUGAGGGUCGCAAACUCAGCACCACUGAGUUUGGCAACAAACACAAAGUCCAUCGUCCUAACGAUGACUGUGAGGACCCUGAUGAAGAGGAAGAGGAAGAGGAAGAGGAAGAGCCGUCAUCACGAACUUGGAUGUUGCCAGAUUCAUGCAGCGAGUUUCAAACCUUUUGCGAGCAGAUGCUGCGUUCAGAGUCCUGGAGCUCCUGCACGGCCCUGAUAAAGCCCGAACCGUACAUCCAGGCCUGCGUGAAGGACAUGUGCGGCUGUGGCAACAUAACAAACGAUUUCUGUAUCUGCAGCACGCUGUCUGAGUUCUCUCGCCAGUGUUCCCACGCAGGGGGGCAUCCGCCCAACUGGAGGACGCCUCAGUUCUGUGCUAAACAGUGUCCCUACAACAUGGUUUAUGAGGAGAGUGGUUCCCCCUGCAUGGACACCUGCACACAUCAAGACACAAGUUCAAUGUGUGCAGAACACAAAAUGGAUGGCUGCUUCUGCCCUUCUGGGACUGUAUUUGACGAUAUCUCCUCGAGGGGGUGCAUAGCUCAGUCUGAGUGUCAGUGCAAACAUGAUAAGAUUUACAACUCUGGAGAGGUUUACAGACAAGACGGGGAGGAAUGUACGUGUCUCGACGGCAGAUGGGCCUGUGAGAGUCUUCAAAUGCCUGCUUUGUGCUCAGUUGAAGAGGGCUCACAUGUAACCACAUUUGAUGGGAAAAUUUACACUUUUCAUGGAGAGUGUUACUACACGCUGGCCAAAGAUGAGUCAAGUCCAAAAUUUACCAUUCUGGCCCAGCUGAUGCCGUGUGCACACCAAGAGUUUGACACAUGUCUGAAGACAGUUAAACUCCUGCUCAACAAUGACAAAAACAAUGUGUUAAUGUUCACGGCUGACGGUGCAGCAAAGCAGAAUACGCAGACCCUCACUCUGCCGUACCGCACAGGAGACAUCAGCAUUUUCCACCCCUCAUCCUUCCACACCUUGCUCCAGACCACUUUUGGGUUACAAAUUCACAUUCAGCACGUUCCCAUCAUGCAAGUCUACAUCAAGCUGGAGCCGAGCUACAGACAAAAGACACGAGGUUUAUGUGGGAACUACAACAUGAUCCUGUCUGAUGAGAUGAAGACUCCUCAGGGGAUAGUUGAAGGAACUGCCGCAACUUUUACAAACUCCUGGAAGGCAAACCUCAUGUGCCCGAACAGAGAGGACAGACUUGAAGAUCCCUGCUCUUUCAGUGUGGAAAAUGAGCGGUACGCCAAACACUGGUGCGCUUUGCUGCUGAGCCCAAACAGUACAUUCACAAAGUGCCGUUCAGCGGUGGAUCCGGGAAUUUACUACAAGCGCUGUACUUACGCCAGCUGUAACUGUGAGAAGAGUGAGGCCUGCCUGUGUGCUGUUUUCUCCUCUUAUGCACGAGCCUGUGCGUCAAAGGGAGUGAUGCUGCCCGAGUGGAGCGAGACUGUGUGUGAUAAAUACAUGAAGAGCUGCCCAGCCUCUCAGGUCUUCUCCUACAACCAUCAGAGAUGCCAGCUGAGCUGCAGGUCUCUGGGCUCAAACCAGCGGAGCUGCAUCUCGGACUUCCCUCCGGUGGACGGCUGCUCCUGUGCUGAGGGCUUCUACUCAGAUGACAGUGGCGUCUGUGUAACCGCGGCAAAAUGUCCCUGUUACCAUAACGACGUCUACGUCAAACCCGGGAAGUCUGUCAACAUCAAAAACGAGCACUGUGUUUGCACCAAUGGGACGCUUCAUUGUCAUUCUUGGAAAGCCCGUUCAUCAGUUUGUCCUCAACCCAAAGUGUUCUUCAACUGUUCAGGAGCAGGGGAGCUCGGGCUGCAGUGCGCUCGAACUUGUUCAAAUCUGGACAACGAUGAUUGUGACUCCACAGAGUGUGAAUCUGGCUGUCGGUGUCCCGAUGGCCUCCUUGAGGAUGGCAAAGGUGACUGUGUGAAAGAAAGCGAUUGCCCUUGUCAGCACGAUGGCCGUCUCUUUGUCCCGGGAGCACAAAUCCCGAACCAGUGCAACACUUGCACCUGCAAAAGUGGAAAAUGGGAGUGCACAGAAAAGAAAUGUCCAGGAACUUGUGUUAUUUAUGGGAGUGGCCACUACUCUACAUUUGAUCACCAAUCUUUCGGGUUUCAGGGAAGUUGCUCUUACAUUGCCGUCAAGAACAACUGUGGCAAUCAGACAGCAGAAUAUAAGUUUGGGAUCAUCACCGAGAACAUCCCGUGUGGAUCUACAGGCACCACAUGCUCCAAGACUGUCAGGGUCCAGAUGGGGCGAAAUGAAAUCAAAUUUUUCAAGAAUAAAUAUGAAGAGCAAGAUCUGGGAAGCGGCGUUGAGAUCGAGUACAGGAUAAGGAGAGUCGGCUUGUAUCUUGUGUUGGAGUCCGACAUUGGGGUUGCAGUGAUGUGGGAUCGGAAAACAACCAUCCGUAUCCUGAUGGAGCCACUGCAUAGUGGACGGGUCUGUGGUCUGUGUGGCAAUUUUGACGGCAAUGGACAGAAUGACUUCACCACCAAGGGUAACAUGCUCGUCAGCAGCUCAUUGGAAUUCUCAAACAGCUGGAAACUGGACCCGGCGUGUCCAGAUGUGGUGUCGGAUGUCAACCCCUGUGAAAAGAGACCCAGUCGACAUCACUGGGCAAAAAUGAUGUGCGGCAUUAUAAUUGGAGACACAUUCAGAGUGUGCCGGACAAAGGUAGAUCCUACUCCUUUUUAUGAGAACUGUGUGACAGACUCAUGUGCCUGCGACAGUGGAGGAGACUGCGAGUGUCUCUGCACUGCCAUAGCAGCUUACGCUCAAGCUUGUAAUGAGGCCGGAGCCUGUGUUGCAUGGAGAACUCCCGACAUCUGUCGUUGUUACCCUGUAUGCCCAGAGGAUAGGCCAAUUUAUGAUGAGAAGAACCAGACAUGUCCCACCUCCCACGACAACUACAUCCAUCACAACCGCAACUCCACCCACAAUCAUUACAACGCCACACACCACAACUCCACCUGUUACGACUACAGCUACAGAGCUCCCAACAACUACUCCAACACCACCCACCACUACAACUUCAUACACCACAACUCCCCCUCCUACUACAACAACUCCAGAGCCCCCGACAACCACUACGACUACAACUCCACCCACUAUGACCACUCCAUCUCCAACAACCCUACCUACAACACCAACUCAAUCCACCACAAUAACUUCACACACCACAAGUCCACCUCCUACUACGACAACUUCAGAGCAGACGACAACUACUCCAGCUCCACCCACUACUGCAACUCCACCUACUACUAG